AUGAGUGACGAUCCCGAAGAAAGUAUGGACACCGGCACGUUCUCUGUAUUCACAGUGGGCGAGAAGCCCAUUGCGCCCAGUUUUGAUGCCAGUGGUAAUCCUGUUCGGAAGCGACAACAGCAUCGAAAAUCACGCAACGGGUGUGGAAAUUGUAAACAGCGGAGGGUAAAGUGCGAUGAAAGCUUACCAUCUUGUGUGAACUGUACGAGGCGGAAUUUAAAGUGCAAUCCCGCGAUAUCCUCCAUCCGAACUGGUAAAAGCGAAAAGCCUCUUGCAGCACAACCUGAAAUAGAAGAUCAACCUGUACGAUCGAAGUCUGCGGAAGCUCUGCCAAGUCUUUCUUCAGUUCUCGAGCAGUCAAUAGCUAUCGAUUUUGAGUCCAAUGACAGCUGGAGCCAAGAUGACAAGGCACUAUUUCGACAUUUUCGAGACUUUACGUCUCAUACCCUGGCUAUGCACACUGAUCUGUGGCGGACAUUCAUGUUGUCAUCCGCAUUGAAUGACGAAUACCUCAAGAGCGCAGUCCUCCUCCUAUCGUCAGCCCACAUAAACAGCUCCUUACCCAAAAAAGACCCAACUCGACGGCCGGUCUUAAACCACUUCGCAAAUGCCGUGUCUGGUCUCCGCGCCGCUUUAAACGAAAGAAUAACAGCGCAAAGCUUCGACUCCAUAGUCGGCUGCUCCUUCCUUCUCGUCCACUACUCUUGGGCAGCAGAGGAAUCCGACCCACAUGUCACGCACCACUUCCACGAGAUUGUUGGCCUAAUAAACGGCACGAAGAAUUGCGUGGUCGAAGGCCAAGAUCUCCUUCAAGGAUCCGCACUCUAUGAAGUGUUCCGCCAUCGUCCUGGCUUGAAGCUCGAGAAGUUCAUUGAGGAGUCUCCUAUGAGAGGAUCCACGAGAACAUCCGCUCUGUUCAACCACUGCAUGAUGUGUGGACUGGGAACUAAAGGGGUCUCGGGCGCCUCUCCGGAUAACACGCAUGCUAUUCAGAAGCUUGUCACUGUGCUACGGGCCAUUGAAUUGAGCCAGCCGAACGUCGAGGUAACUCCUGUUCUCCACGACAUCAUUCGGUAUUUGUUUACUUGGCCACUCCAGUGUACGAAAGGGUUCAUGGAACAUAUCGAUGCUCAGGAACCGGCUUCUAUGACUGCGCUGUUGUAUUAUUAUGCUGCUGCGGCGAGCGUUUCGUUGGGUAGAGUGUGGUGGAUGCAGGAUCGUGCGAGGGUUAUAUAUGCGUUCCUGAAGGCGAGUCUAGUAGGCAGGUGUGCUGAGUGUACGAAUCCUGCGAUUGCGUUGGCGGAGGGGAGAUUAUGA